GCUCCUUAACAAAACCCUAGUCCUCCAUAUCCACCCCCUACUCUACGGUUUCUCAUCCCAAACCAGCAGACCGAAAAUGGCGGCAAGCAUGGCUACAUCGAGCAUUAUCGGCCUCGGCUCCUCGUCCUUGUCUUCCCCGAAGAAGGCCGCCCUUGUCUCAGACUUUGUGAGAUCUCCAGUGAGAGCAAGGAACCCGUUGAAGCUGGUUCGCACCUCGGGAGGAAGGUUCACAUGCUUCCAGAGAGACUGGUUGCGCGCCGACUACAGCGUGAUCGGGUUCGGGCUGAUCGGGUGGCUCGCGCCAUCCAGUGUCCCGGCGAUCAAUGGCAAAAGCCUGACGGGGCUCUUCUUCGAAAGCAUCGGGACCGAGCUCGCUCACUUCCCCACGGGUCCCCCGCUCACUUCCCCAUUCUGGUUGUGGCUGUUCUUAUGGCACCUGGGUCUGUUCUUGUGCCUCACGUUCGGCCAAAUCGGCUUCAAGGGGAGGACCGAGGAGUACUUUUGAAGAAACCAGUAGACAUUAUCAUAUUUCAUGUGUAAUCUUCUUGUAAAUUACCCAGAAAUUUCCCGGCAAAUCCAUCCCUCAUCUUGUUUUGCCCCCCCCCCCCCCCCCCUAUGAAACUCUAUGUACCCUUUCUAAUCUGAUGAACAAGCGCUGCUCGUAUUUGAUUAA